UUGUAAAACCACCUUUCUCUCUUGAACUUCUUCAUUAUUUUUUUACACAAAAGCUUUGCCCUUCUUUUGCUUCUUUGAGAUGCUUUUUUGAACUGUGUCGAUGGGUGCUUCAGGGAAAUGGGUAAUAUCUCUUAUUGGUCUCAAAAUAACCCAAAAACAACACCAAGAGAAAGUGAAUAGCAACAAGAAAUGGAAGCUAUGGAGAAAGUUUAGAUCAGAUUCUCAAAGCUCUGAUUCUUUCAUUGCUGCCAUGGCCGCCAUUGUUCGAGCUCCUUACAAAGAUUUCAGUUUUUUAAAGCAAGAAUGGGCUGCCAUUCGCAUUCAAACAGCUUUUCGUGGCUUCUUGGCAAGGAGAGCAUUGAGGGCUUUAAAAGGAAUUGUGAGGCUACAAGCUUUGGUUCGAGGUAGACAAGUUCGGAAACAAGCCUCGGUGACGCUUCGAUGCAUGCAAGCUCUCGUUCGUGUUCAAGCUCGAGUCAGGGCUCGUCGUGUUCGAAUGUCGAUCGAAGGACAAACGGUUCGGAAGAUGCUUGAUGGUCAUCGUAGCAAGGACGAUGUCUUGAAACAAGCCGAGGAUGGUUGGUGUGGUAGCAAAGGGACAUUAGAGGAUGUUAAAACAAAGCUACAAAUGAGGGAAAAAGGGGCUUUCAAGAGAGAAAGGACUCUUGCUUAUUCACUUGCUCAAAAGCAAUGGAAGUCAGUCCCGGGUUCAACUACUCGAACAGAUGGUUUGAUUCCGUGUCUUAUAAGCCAAGAGUUUGAUAAGAACAGUUGGGGAUGGAAUUGGCUCGAACGUUGGAUGGUAGCCAGGCCAUGGGAGACGCGGUUGAUGGAACUGUCAACACGUACCGACCCUUCGAAGACUUGCUUAGAGUCCCUCUCGGGAAAGAAUGAAAGAUGUUCGGAACCGUGCUCAAUGAAAGCGAGGAAGAACAAUGUCACCACUAGGGUAUCCGCAAAGCCGCCGCCUCAUACUAGGCAAGUUACUGGAUCAUCUUCAAGUCCAAGUUCUGAAUUUCGAUUCGACGAAAGCUCGGGUUCAUCGUCAAUAUGCACUUCUACAACACCAGUUUCCGGAACCACCGUCUUGCCAUCGGGUGCAACGGGGGACAGUGGCAAUAGUAGGCCGAACUACAUGACCAUGACGGUGUCUACCAAGGCGAAACAAAGAAGUGGCAAUCACGGAUUCCAAAGGCAGUCCAUGGAUGAGUUCGAGUUCAAGAGGUCAGCUGGUUUCGAUAACAGAGAUUCAAAAAGCUCAAAGAGAGGAAAUUGUUUGUAUAAUUAAAACGGGAUUUGAUUGUAUGUUACUUGAAAAGUCCAACAUCUUGUUGCUCAUUGUUAUUAGUAUGUCAUUGAGAAUUGAAAACCGAUUUGAGUUGUAAUGUUUGAUUGGAUUAUUUUAAACUCGGAUUAAUUUA